AUGAAAGGGGGCCAUGAGCAUAGGUCUGCCAGCGGAAGUAUCAUACGCGCACCCUCAUUGGACAGUCAAAUUUCUACAGUCUCUCGACUGGAUGACAGUGAGCUGCUACCGAGUGUCGGGCUAGAUCGGUUCUACGAGUGGCUGAAGUUGGAGCCAACAAUCAUAGCCUGGCUACCGGCGUUGCAUAGGCUGAUAACCGGUGAAAAACUUAUUCACCAGGUUCGAUGUGCUGUCUGUCAGGCUUGUCCAAUCAGAGGCCUGAGAUACCGGUGCCUGCGGUGUCUAAACUUCGAUCUUUGCCAAAACUGCUUCCUCAUUGGACGAGUCGGAAAAAGCCACAAAAUUACUCACCCCAUACAGGAGUACACAACCACGUUGCAAAGAAGCGACAGUCUACGCGAUUUUAGUCGCGUAGUACGUAACCGCUUCCGAUCGAAGGAGAAGUUUCGCCAGUCCUCAUUCAAUGCCGAAGAUUUGUCCAAGUCAACUGCUGCAACGGCCACACCCAAGUCUGUGGGUAGAGCCACUCCCACUCUGUGCGAUCGAGAACACGCCGUAGGAGGUUUGGUGAAGGGCGAGGAGCAGGAUCUCUUGCCCGACUUAGGGCUGCAAGACCUCAUUUAUUCCUUCCUUCCGAUUUCUUCAUUUUUUGAAGAGGAGAAAAUCGACAAUUUUUUGCUUGUUGGAGGAGCAAAUUGUUGCACUCCUACUAAGAAUAUCGAAAUAUGGAGGAAGCGGGUAAGAUCUCGUCUUUUCUCCAUCAAUGGUAGAAGUGGGAUAUUGCUGCGUCAUUGGGAGCCCUCACAGUUGGGUAUGCGCUCUGCGACUGUGAUCAAGGGGUCUUCCCUCUAUAGACCACCAAGGGCUGUACCGAUUAGGCAAAAUUCCACUGGACACCAGAACACAAACUCCUCCCCAACCAUUUGGUCUACAAAUCGACCAGCGUCGCUGGGUGAAACAAGAAAGCGCAUGCUUUACUCCACGCCUUCUGCCAGUGGUGUGGACGCCUUGACACCUCGGCUGAACGCCAGACCACGCAGAGGGGGAUCAAUGGAUCAGGAGCACGAGUUAAUUGCUCAGUACAGUCAUUCUCUGAGGCGGCAGCAAUCGCUGACUCCGACUGGAGCGAUGAUGCCCAGUGGUCAACCCCUCCUAUACUAUGGCCCUCAAGACUCAGUUCACUCAUUGGGAGCGCCAUGGCUGUAUGGCAGUACCACCUACGACAGGUCGCGACCUCCAGAACCGCGCUUUUUUACAAUGAGACCUAGUCAGCUGCGUGGAAACAGUGGAUUUCGUGCCUCCUCACAGCCUCCACCUCAUCCUGGUCCUGGCAUCUAUAUCACUGGUCCACCAUUUAAUACUCAGGCAAGGUGGUAUCGAAAUCCCAGUGGUUGGGAUGGUCCCAUGGUUGCCGGUAGCGCUGGUUCACUGGACAAAGUUUUAAUGAAUCUGGAAGAGGAGAACCGCUUCCUUCGUGCUGAAUACGAUAGGCUACGAAUGCAAUCACCGGCCCAAAAUUUGCGCCCACUUCGAUCACCGUCAUUGCAAUACCCUCUCUCUCAAAUGGGACUAUAUCAAGAUACUAUGUAUCACUCCGCCUAUGGGAAUCCACACUUCCCUUCGAAUUCACAAAUGAACCCUCAGCUUGGGUAA